CGGACGGAGCAGACCGGAGCACGGAGCCGCUGCUGGCCGACAGACAGCUGCUGAGCGCCGCGGAGCUCCGGAGCAGAGAGCCGGAGGUGCUGCAGGACCGGGUUCUCCUGUGAUCCGGAUCAGUCCCCUGGACCAGAGGACACUUCACAGUCCGUGUUUGAGUUCUGUCAACUUGUGGAAUUAAAGGAGGAGACAGGGAGCAGGAACCAGGAUCGGGACCAGGACCGAGUCUGGAUUAAUGUCCGUGCUCCGUGUGCCGUGAUCCCAUGGAGGGAAAGGACAAGCCGAGACCGAGUCCGGAUUAUCUGAUGCAACUGAUGAACGACAAGAAGCUGAUGAACAGUUUACCGAACUUCACCGGGAUCUUCCAGCACCUGGAGAGACUGCUGGACCAGGAGAUCAGUCGUGUCAGGAAGGACAUGUACACCAACACUCUGAACGGUUCAGACAGAAGCAGCGAGCUGCCCGACGCCGUUGGUCCGACUGUCCAGCUGCAGGAGAAACUCUAUGUUCCCACAAAGGAGUUCCCUGACUUUAAUUUUGUCGGGAGGAUUCUGGGACCUCGAGGUCUGACGGCUAAGCAGCUGGAGACGGAGACAGGAUGUAAGAUCAUGGUGAGAGGGCGGGGCUCCAUGAGAGACAGGAAGAAGGAGGAGCAGAACCGAGGGAAGCCUAACUGGGAGCACCUGAACGAAGACCUUCACGUCCUCAUCACGGUGGAAGACGCUCAGAAUCGAGCUGAGAUCAAACUCAAACGAGCCGUGGAGGAAGUCAACAAGCUGCUGGUGCCUGCCGUGGAGGGUGAGGACAGUCUGAAGAAGAUGCAGCUGAUGGAGUUAGCCAUCCUGAACGGGACGUACAGAGAUGCCAACAUCAAACCUUCCUCUACUCAGACUCCUCGUGUCCUCUCUGGCCCCGCCCCUGUACUGGCUCCGCCCACUGUCCUGCGUACACCUGCCCCCGCAGGCCCCGCCCUGAUGCCUCUGAUUCGUCAGAUCCAGACGGUGCUGCCCAAUGGGACGCCUCACCCAGCAGCUCUGAUGCAGGGGACGGGGCCUGAGUCCAGUCUGAUCUAUGCGGCGCCGUACGACUACCCGUAUGCUCUGGCGGCGCCGGCCUCCAUCUUGGAAUACCCCCUGGACUCUGGAGGGGUGUUGGGUAAGCCCGCCCCCCCCUGCUCCUGCGACUGCUCCCCCACGCCUCACCACCACCCCCACAGCCAGUGGUGCCCAGCCCCCACGCUGCUCCUCAGACACACCUCCUAAAGAUGGAGAACAGGCGCCACACACGCCACACCUCGUUCACAGUUGACGCCUGCGGCAGCAUCCCCUGCUGGACGCACAUUGUUCAAACAGGAAGUGAUGAUCAGUAGGGAGAACAUUUAAACGUUUGUAUAACAUGUUUUCUAUCUAACAUAGUUAACACUCACCAGACGCUCCGACAGAACCUGAAGCGCUGAAGAGGUCUGACUGUUGACCAAUCAGGACGUCGCUGAACAUGUGCGCUGUUCCUCCAUCACAACCUUCUGUAUUCACCUGUCAGGUGAUGUCAGCUGUGGGCGAGGCGUUCAGUUACCACUGUGUUCACUCUGCUUUUAGUGAUGUGCCUCAGAACUUCCUGUUCCUCAGAGACCCUCACAGGAAGUGAUGUCAGAAACAACGUUCUCCAUGUCAUGUGACCACAGCUGGUAGUGUUGGUGUUGUGACGGAGGUUUUCAGAUCGGUGUAACUACUCAGUGUGAGAAACACGAGACAAUCUGAGAACGUUUAGUCGAGUUUUUAACUGAGAUUAAUUUUAAUUAACAAUAAAACAAAUUAAUUAACAAACAAACAAACAAACUCUUCUCGUAGUAAAAACUGAGUUUAAUUUUAGAUCAUUAAAGCUUUUGAAUUUAAAUCAAACAGAACUAAUAAUUGUCUGAUUGGUCGGUGCGUUCAGAGACACAGUUCAGAUGAAAGUCUGAAUAUUUGGUGAAAAUGUUUUAAUAUCUUAAAAAAAUAUUGUCUUCGUAUUUUCACAGAAAGUCGAACAACUUAAGAAAAAAAUGUUUUAACGUAACGAGACGAGUUUAUUCUCACGUCAUUACACCUCAUUUAUUUCAGUGUUACGACUUUAUUAUUUAAAUGUAUCUGUGGCCUGUGGUAGACAGUGAUAACCAAUCAAACUGAUGCACCUGAAAGGGGUGUGUCCUCAUGAUGAUGUCACAGUACAGACUGGUCACCUGUCAACCUCUCAGGUCUCACCUGUAACAUAAUGUUUAACUAAACGUGCCUUAACGUGUUUCUACUAAUCCUCUGUGAUGAUGCGUUCACUGACCUGUACCUGUGAUGGUGCGUUCACUGACCCGUACCUGUGAUGGUGCGUUCACUGACCUGUACCUGUGAUGGUGCGUUCACUGACCCGUAUCUGUGAUGGUGCGUUCACUGACCCGUACCUGUGAUGGUGCGUUCACUGACUUGUACCUGUGAUGAUGUAUUCAGUGAUCUGUACCUGUGAUGGUGCGUUCACUAACCCAUACCUGUGAUGGUGCGUUUACUGACCCACACCUGUGAUGGUUCGCUCACUUACCCCACCUGUGAUGGACACUGUGGACAGGGACUCCACGUCCUCCAUGACAGUCUGGGGCAGGUGUGGUGGUCUCUAAAGUCCUCAUCAAAGGACGGUUACCGCAGACCAACGUUAGUCUGCACAAACUCCGUUCCCUUCUCUCCACACCUGCCUUUCCCACAACCCACCGCUCUGCCUCAGCUGCUGUCUGUUCAGGGUGUUUUCACACCAACAACCAAGAUAGUCCACCAGACUCCAGCUUUCACAUCAAAAUGUAAAUUUACCGUUAUCUAAUGUGUAGCGUUUUUAAGACCAUACGAAGACCACUCACUAUCUGAUGUGAGCCAGCUAUUUGAAUUGCCACCUACUUAAAACAUGGGCGUACCGAUCUCUAAUUGAGCUGAGGUCAUGCUAACGGUAGCUAACUGUGAACCCUUCAGGACAGUGAGGAUAUUUGAACCUGGACUUCCUGCUCCGUUAUUUUGAGGACUGUUGUUUUGUUGAUUCUGACUAACGGACUAGAAAAGUUAAAUAAAUGUACGUUGAGCUGUAAGAAGACGACACUUUAUUUACAAUUCAAGUAUUAGAAAUUCAUUUUAAUAAAUCCUGUUUAGGCUCCACCUCCUCCAGAGUUACACAUUUCAAAUCAGCCUCAUCUCUGUGUCUUCAGUGCAACCAGGACAUGGUUAGCCUAGCUUAGCACAAAGACUGGAAGCAGGGGGAAACUGUUA